UGGAAGCAUGUUCGUGUGCUGUCUUUUUUUUAACACAAAACUACCAUACUUUUCCACCUAUUUUUACCUGCAAAAUGUGUGAAAACAGAUUGCCUGAAACACAGUGAGUGCUAGUGUGGAAUGUACUGAUGAUGCUCUGCUGUAAUUUGAGAUUCAAGAACUGAACAAAGUUCAAGUGGGAUAUAUGCCAAACCUAGCAGAGGAUACAACCACACACAAUCAAGAUACAUCUGAGGAUUGCGUCAAGCAUUCAUAAACCAUGGGGAACUGCCUGGAUUGCAAAACCAGUGACGGACAAGAUAAGACUAGGCGGACAAAUAACAUCCAGCGACCGCAGCACAACGACACCAGCUACAAAGCGGUUAAGAAAGACAGUCUAAAGCUAGAGGUCAAUGAAUCCUUCCCAAACCUACAACAUAUCAGCGACAGGGAACAGUUUGUUGAAGAGGAUACAGAUGACCCGUCACUGCACCCAAGAAUAAGUACUCUAUUUAUGUCUAAGUCACAAACAUUGGAAGUGGUCCGUGAAAGACGAAAACAGCACCAGAUGCAGCUACUGACCGCCAGGGCAGCCAACCACAGAAGAAGCAAGGGACUAACCAAGUCUAGCUCCUGCUCAACGAUAUAUAUCGAUGAUAGCACCGUCACUCAGCCUAAUCUCAAGUCAACCAUAAAAUGCGUUGCUUUAGCUGUUUACUAUCACAUAAAGAACAGGGAAUCUGAUCGACAGAUGGAUAUAUUUGACGAGAAAUCACAUCAACUCACGAAAGAUCCUGUGCCUGACGAUUAUUUCAAAGUGAAUCCCGAACAUAAACACAUCUACAGAUUUAUCCGUAUGUUGUUCAAUGCAGCCCAGUUAACAUCAGAGUGUGCUAUUGUGACCUUAGUUUAUUUAGAAAGACUAUUAACAUAUGCUGAAAUAGACAUCACGCCAGCGAACUGGAAGCGAAUGGUUCUUGGAGCAAUACUCCUUGCCUCUAAGGUCUGGGAUGACCAGGCCGUGUGGAACGUCGACUACUGUCAAAUACUCAAGGACUUGACGGUAGACGAUAUGAAUGAACUGGAGAGGCAGUUCCUUGAGAUGUUGCAGUUCAACAUCAACGUUCCAUCCAGCGUGUAUGCUAAGUACUAUUUUGACCUGCGUGCCCUGGCCGAUGCUUAUGAAAUCUCAUUUCCGUCAGAGUUACUUAGCAAGGAAAGAGCACAGACGUUAGAGGCAAUCUCCAGGUUAUGCGACGAGAAGGCGCGAGACCAAACGUUUCAGGAGCUCAAACGUUCCUCCAGCGUUGACGGCAUUCACUUAGGGCCCAAAUUCACUGCCGCUAUCAUCUCAUGACACCAGCCCUUUGAAGAGUCACUGGGCUGGCUUCGAACCAGGGGUAUUUAAGUGCAAGUAUUUGUAUUAUUUGUGUUUCCGUCAGUGUGUCACGACAACGGCAAUCCCAGUAAGUAUUUUCGCAAAGUGGCAUCAGCGUGCUCAUCUGAGUGAUGCAGGGGCUUGUGCAUUCGUCGCUUUGAACGUACUUGUGGAGGCGAACCCCCGGACAACAGAAUGCAAGGUCGAAGAGUUGGAUAUACACAAAGCUUCUAUGAAGACUUACGGGCGGAUAGCGUCGAUACAGCGGAGGUUUCUCUUGCCAGCUUGUUUAAACAGAACCAUGCUGAGUGGCACUUCAACUGCUUGAUGUCUCUCACAAUGCCACCGAAAGAUAGGACGACUUAUUAAAGCAAUGUGUCGACCGAUGUAGAAUUGUAAUUUAUUAUAAUGGUUACUCUGUCUCCAAUGUGGAAUAGAGGGACACCCCUUCAAGAUUUCCACAAAAUGAACAAAAUGUAAACAAGGUGUUCUCUUGUUUGAAGGCCUAGAAUUUCACGGCGGCCAUGGCCUCUGUUGCCCCUGGUCUUGGCCUUGGUGCCCCUGUAAAAGUUUCCAAUAGACUUUGAGAUUUUCUAUUGGUAGUGCCCUUUUCAAAAUAAAAAUGCCCUUGCUUUCUCCAAGAUGAAAUUCCAUGCCUGGUUUUGACUGGAGCAGAGUCUUAUUCAAAGGAAUAAAGACUACACUAGGGUCAUAAGCAAUCGUUUACACUUCAACCACAGGUCAUUUUGUUUGGUAAGAAGUUGCAACAGCUAAAUCACCACCACCCAUCCCCCCCCCUUUUUUUUUUUACAAGACAACAAACAAUUAUGAAUUUUAAUCACUGAGCAUAAUUUGUACUGGAACCAGUUUUCCACGUGAGAAAUAUGUGUGUCUGAAUUGCAGUCGUGUUUUUGAGAAAAAGAAAAAUAGUUAUGAAUUUGGAUCCUAUUUCACCAAAUAAAGAGCACUUUUAUUUUAUUAUUAUUUGUCUUUUUAAUACCAAGCACAACUUCCUUGGUCAUUUUACCUUGUUCAGACUUACCUUACUGUCUUUUCUGGGGUGGCUGGCAGGACAAUUUUAUGUCUAAAUGCAAUAACUGAUUCUGCCCAAAUUGUUGGAGCCAAUUGUAUACCGCAAUUCAACUUUUAACACUGUUUCAUUUUCCCAAAGAAAAAUUGAUACAGCUUUUUAAAUCCUCCCUGUUGCUCAAACCGACGAUAAGUAACACUUUUUUAUUUUAUUUCAUAUUUUUAUGACCAUACUCCAGUGGUAACUCAUGAAUGAUACGCUAAUUUUGUUUUAACGCAAGUUUUUACAGGGGAUUUUGACAUUUCUUAUUGGUAUUUUUUAUAUAAACCUAGGUUUGGUUUUGGUAGUGGAACCUGACUACCCACUGAUGAAAACUAACCUUUGUGGUUUACUGAAGGAAAAAUGGAAAGUCUUGAAUUGUUUCUUCACACUACAUUGACCUGAUGACGCAAUGUCGUUUGUCCUUGUCUUGCAUCUGAAGAACGCUUUAAAUAGAGAUUAUUUUUUCACAGUAUUUUAGUUUAAGGCAAAGUGAUUUUUCCUUAGUUUUGGAAGUGAUAAUAGUUCACUUGGUAUGCCCGUAAUGGGACUGUGCAAUUUACCAUGCAUCUAGCCCUGAUUGGAGGUUGAUCUAAGAAAAAAUAACUACAGCGGGGUUUGAACCAACGACCUCCAGAUUAACGUGCAGGCGUUCCACCAACUGAGCUAUAUAUAGCCCUAUGUUGGCGGACUCCCUAUUGUGUCAAUAUCUUUGUUCGGGGUACUAUCCAGCCCUGAUUUUGUUCUUAUAAGGAAGAGGCAAUUUUUCCUUCGUGGAGGAAAAUACUAAAUUGGAACAUUUUAAAGGGCAGCAAGGCAAUGACUAGGGGCAUUGAGGCAAUAGACCGAUCCAGUAUGCUCCGC